AUGGCACAGGGAGACCAGCUCAUUUCAUUUGCCAUUUGGAGAGAUGACCAUUACUUUAGACGACGUAGCUACUCUCCUUCACAUAUCACCGAAUGUCGUCUCAUUCAAACUAAUCAGUUUGAGUGUGCGGUUAGAACGUAUCUAUUGCAUUUAGUUGGCAGCACAAUUUUCGCCGAUAAAACGCAUACGUGUGUGGAGGCGAAAUACAUUAGUUUAUUUAUUGAUUUAGAUCGUUGUCAACACUAUUUGUGGGCUGCCGCGGCAUUGGUUUUCCUUUAUGAUAACAUGGGAGAUGGGGCUGUCCACGACACUCGACAGUUAGGAGGUUACAUGACCCUUUUACAGUGCUGGAUCUACGAACACUUCCCUAGGAUCUGUAAGCGGGGCGAUAGAGGUGCGGUUCCUGCACAUCUUCCAAUAGCAUGUAGGUGGAUUGCAAAACAUGUUGUUGAAGGUGGAUUAGUGACCUAUCGGCAGAGACUUGAUGCUUUGUUGCUUGAGGAUGUACUGUUUACACCAUAUGAUAAUGAUCGAGCUAAUCAUCCGUUUGAAGAUAUUUCGAUGUUCUCUGGUUAUCUUCGAUGUGGUGGAGUCUCAGUCCCAUAUUUGCCAGAGCGAUGUCUUCGACAAUUUGGUCGUAUUCAGUGCAUCCCGCCUGAUGUUCCUCCUAGGCCCGUCAGUAUAGAUUGGGUGUAG